AUGCGUUCCACACUCGUCACCACAGUACUCGUCGGAGCAGGCCUAGUAUCAGCAAAAGGCCUCCUGGACCUCCCCACCGACAUAGCGAAUCUACUCACUUCGCUCGCUCCAGCACCCGCAAGCGACCCCCGAUGGACAAACUGGCAUCCCGCCUCCAGCGGCGAUGUACGCUCCCCCUGCCCCGGUCUAAACGCCCUAGCAAACCACGACUUCAUCCACCGCAACGGGCGCAACAUGACCAUCCCACACCUAAUCGCCGGCCUCGCCGCCGGCCUAAACAUGGGCGCAGACUUCACCACCGCCAUAGGAGCCGCGGGUCUACUCUCCUCUCCAAACCCGCUAGGCGGCUCCUUCGACCUCGACGACCUGUCUAUGCACAACUUCCCCAUCGAGCACGACGCCAGCAUGUCGCGCCAGGACGCGUACUUCGCUAAUCCGCAGCCCUUCCACAACCCUACGUGGCAGCAAUAUAUCUCCUUCUUCAAUGGGAAGGAGAGAACCGAUAUCCCGACGGCGAGUAAGGCGAAGUACGCGCGCACGACGGAUAGCCAGAAGAGGAAUCCGGAGUUUGUGUAUGGGGCGAGAGAGGCGGUGUUGAGUUAUGGAGAGAAUGCUUUGUAUCUCUCUACUAUGGGAGACCCAAUCACGGGCAAGGCCAAGCUGGAGUAUGUGAGGAGUUUAUUUGAGAUGGAGAAGUUGCCGUUUGAGCUGGGGUGGAGGCCGAGUGUGCUGCCGACGACAUUGCCCAGUUUGGGGUUGAUGAUUGUGCAGUUGCAGUCGAGUUCACCGGAGCCGUUACUGGAGGGCGUCAAGAUUGUGGCGGAUUCGUACAAGGAUGUGUUCUUUGCUAUUGUUGGUGGGUCGAAUAUCUUGGGUAACCUUACCGGAGGUAUCAGUGAGGCGUUGGGAUUGUAG